AUGGGAAACCGUUCAUCACGACAAUCUGACCCCGGAGACAUUCGAACAAGCUACUAUAUCUCGCCUUCCGGCUCCGAGGAAAGGGUUCACAUCACUAGAUCACGGUCCCUACCCCGUCCACAGAGAAGAAACACUCGACGCUCCCGUCACCUUCGCCAGCGGCGCUCACCUAAUCCCGCCACUUUCCUCGAGCAAGUCCUCGACGACGGCCCGAGCCCACAGUUGCGACGCUUUCUCGCCGCUACCGAGAACUAUCCUCAAGGGCCUCGACGCGACGGGCGGCUUCCCGAGAUCAUAUAUACUGAACACGUUAACGGAGUACUGGACCAAAACCGAAAACGCAACCGAGGACGGACCAGCCACCGGCACCGCCUCCUCUUUGGCAGACGUUCAAAUAGACCCUCCGACGACGCCGACGAGACACGAGAAUAUAUCGAUACAAGCAUCACCAUGCGAGGAGUAAGUCCAUCCACCCGUGGUCUCCGUUCAGGAGACACAUACUUCGAUCGUCCGGACUCCACAGGGUACCGACCAAUGCGGGUUCACAAUCCAACGCGAGAUCUCGACCCAAGUGCCCCGGGCCGAGGAAUG